UGCUGCGGGCGGGCAGGAAGGCAGGAAGGCAGGAAGGCAGGAAGGCAGGAAGGCAGGAUGCUGUCCCGACUGCGCGCGGCCGCGGCGCCCGGCGCGAUGGCGCGGCGCAGCCUGCACACCAAGGAGAAGGGCAAGCCCCUCAUGCUGAACCCUCGCACAAACAAGGGCAUGGCCUUCACCUUGCACGAGCGGCAGAUGCUGGGGCUGCAGGGGCUGCUGCCUCCCAAAAUAGAGACGCAGGACAUCCAAGCCCUGCGCUUCCACAAGAACCUGGCGAAAAUGACCGACCCCUUGGAAAAGUACAUCUACAUCAUGGGGAUCCAGGAGAGGAACGAGAAGCUGUUCUACAGGGUGCUGCAGGACGACAUUGAGCGGCUGAUGCCCAUUGUCUACACUCCAACCGUGGGCCUGGCCUGCUCCCAGUACGGACACAUCUUCAGGAGACCAAAAGGGUUAUUUAUUUCUAUCUCAGACAGAGGUCACAUAAGGUCAAUUGUGAACAACUGGCCAGAGAACGACGUUAAGGCUGUUGUCGUCACUGAUGGAGAAAGAAUAUUGGGUCUUGGAGACCUGGGGGUGUAUGGGAUGGGAAUUCCAGUGGGGAAGCUGUGUUUGUACACAGCCUGUGCAGGGAUACACCCAGAUAAAUGCCUGCCUGUCUGCAUCGACGUUGGGACUGAUAACACAACCCUCCUCAAAGAUCCAUUUUACAUGGGGCUGUACCAGAAGAGGGAUCGCUCGCAGGUGUACGAUGACCUGAUAGAUGAAUUUAUGGAAGCCAUCACGGACAGGUAUGGCCAGAACACUCUCAUCCAGUUUGAAGACUUUGGGAACCACAAUGCAUUCCGGUUCCUGAGGAAAUACAGAGAGAAGUACUGUACCUUCAAUGACGAUAUCCAAGGCACAGCCUCGGUGGCCUUGGCAGGACUGCUGGCAGCACAGAAAGCCACUGGCAAACCACUCACAGACCAGAAAGUGCUGUUCCUUGGAGCUGGAGAGGCCGCCCUGGGCAUCGCCAACCUGAUCGUCAUGGCCAUGACGGAGAGCGGCGUUUCCUGCGAGGAGGCCUCCAGGAGGGUGUGGAUGUUUGACAAGCACGGCCUGCUGGUUCAGGGCCGAGAGCACAAGGUGGAUUCCCACCAGGAGCCGUUUGCACACCAGGCUCCAGAGCACGUGCCAAAGACAUUCGUGGAGGCAGUCAAUGUCCUGCGGCCUUCAGCUAUCAUUGGUAUCCUGCCCUCUGCUCUCCCCUCCUGCGCCUACUCCCGGCACCAGAAGUUUGGAGAAGCUAAUGCAGUUCACCCUGGGUACAGCCUGAUCCUGCCCGGGGGCCGUUGCCUGUUUGCCAGUGGCAGUCCCUUCGAGCUGGUGACUCUGAAGGAUGGAAGAACCUUCAAGCCAGGCCAAGGAAACAACGCUUACAUUUUUCCAGGCGUGGCUCUGGCUGUGAUCCUCAGCAGCGUCCGGCACAUCAGCGAUAAGGUUUUCCUAGAGGCUGCCAAGGCAUUGGCAGAGCAGCUGACAGAUGAAGAGCUCGCACAAGGAAGACUUUAUCCUCCGCUGUCCAAUAUCAGGGAAGUUUCUAUUCAUAUUGCUAUCAAGGUGAUGGAGUUCCUGUACGCCAACAACAUGGCCUUCCACUACCCCGAGCCGGCCGACAAGAGCCGCUACAUCCGCUCCAAGGUGUGGACCUACGAGUACGAGUCCUUCAUGCCGGACGUGUACGACUGGCCCGAGUCCAAGGUGCACUGACGCACCCUCCUCGGGCAGCACCUCCUACUCUGCAGGGAUCCCUUUCUCAGACCAACUUAAAUCAUCAUCUUGGCCUCCUCUAAUUUAUUUUGCGCUCACUUCGUUGCCUUUUUUUUUUUUUUCCCCUUUUU